AUGUCAUCCAAAUGGCACGAAAAGAAGAACCGCUUGGCGGCGGCCAAGUUUGAACGGGAUUUGCAGAAUGCCCCCGAAGCGUCUGAAAUGCUCAAGAAUCAAACGUCCGAAGUCGCCAUGGGCGGCGGCGAAGAAGAAUUGUUUGAAAAGAAAAUGACCAAGGAAGAAAAAAAGGCCGCCAAGAAAGCGGCACGAGAAGCCAAACGGAAAUCCAAAAAAAGUGAUGACGACGACACUGCUACAAAGAGUAAGAGUGUCUCGGAAGUCAUGGCGGAAACCAAAGAUGCCGUACAAGAAGACAAGGCAGUCGAUGACGAUGGAUUGGAUCAUGAAACGGCCGAUGCGUUGGCGAGUGCUGGAACGAUUUGUACGUUUAGUGCGAGCAAAAAAGGCGUCGAUGCGCGGUCAAGGGACAUUAAUGUACAGAAUUUUACAUUGCAGCAUAUGGGUGCCGUCAUGUUGGAUGAAACGGAAAUUGUAUUGAAUCAUGGAAAUCGAUACGGAUUGAUUGGACGCAAUGGAUGUGGAAAAUCGACAUUGCUCAAAGCAUUGGGCGCCAGAGCCGUGCCGAUUCCUCGGGGGAUUGAUUUGUUCUUUUUGGACGAAGAAGUCGAACCCAGUGACACCGUGUCGGCACUGGAUGCCGUCAUGGCCGUUGAUGAACAACGAUUGCGAUUGGAAAAACAAGCCGAGGAACUCAAUCAAUUAUUGUCGACAUUGGCCGAAGGAGGAGGAGAUGAUGCGGAUGGAGAAGAGGACAAGACACCCGAGGAACAACAGGAAGAAGUCAUGGACGCGCUGAAUUCCGUCUACGAACGAUUGGAUGCUUUGGAUGCGAGUACAGCAGAAGUCAGAGCCAGAACCAUCCUCAAGGGAUUGGGAUUCACUCAUGAAAUGCAAGGAAAGAAAACGAAAGAUUUCUCGGGAGGAUGGAGAAUGAGAGUUAGUUUGGCCAGGGCGUUGUUCAUUCAACCAGUUUGCUUGCUGUUGGAUGAACCAACCAAUCACUUGGACAUGGAAGCCGUCAUUUGGUUGGAAGAUUACUUGUCCCGCUGGAAUCGCAUCCUCCUGCUAGUCUCCCAUUCCCAAGAUUUUCUAAACAAUGUCUGUACCCACAUGAUACAUUUCACACAUCGCAAAAAACUACACUACUACGAUGGAAACUACGAUCAAUUCAUCAAAACAAAAUCCGAAAAGGAAGAAAAUCAAAUGAAACAAUACAAGUGGGAACAGGAACAAAUCAAGAGCAUGAAGGAAUACAUUGCUCGAUUCGGACAUGGAACGGCCAAGAAUGCCAAACAGGCACAAUCCAAGGAAAAAGUCUUGGCCAAAAUGAUUCGGGCUGGAUUGACCGAGAAACCAGAUGAAGAAAAACCACUCAAUUUCAAAUUUCAAGAUCCGGGACAUUUGCCACCGCCCGUAUUGGCAUUUCACGAUGUCAAAUUCGGAUAUCCCAAUUGUGAACUCUUGUACUCGAAUGUCAAUUUUGGGGUCGAUUUGGAUUCUCGCGUGGCAUUGGUAGGACCCAACGGUGCGGGUAAAACAACCCUGGUCAAACUCAUGGCAGGAGAACUGCAACCGACAUUGGGAGACAUUCGACCACACGGUCACUUGAAGCUGGGACGGUUCACACAGCAUUUCAUUGAUGUGUUGGAUCUGGAAAUGACGCCACUCGAGUUCUUCGAACAGCAGUAUCCCAAUGAUCCUCGCGAGGAGCAGCGCAAGUAUCUGGGUCGGUUUGGCGUCAGUGGUCGAAUGCAAGUGCAAAAGAUGGCAGAACUCAGCGAUGGGCAAAAGUCUCGAGUGGUCUUUGCCAAGUUGGGUCGUGAUGUCCCUCAUAUCCUUCUGCUGGACGAACCGACCAACCAUCUUGACAUGGAAAGCAUUGAUGCCCUGGCCAAGGCGGUCAAUGAGUUUGAGGGAGGGUUGAUUUUGGUGUCGCACGACAUGCGUUUGAUUUCACAAGUAGCCCAAGAGAUAUGGAUUUGCGACAACAAGACCAUCACAAAAUACAAGGGCGACAUUCUCAACUUCAAGAUGGACAUGAGAGCCCAAAUGGGAAUUGAGGGUGAUCAGGUUGGCAAGCUCCGUGGCGAUGCCAGUGUCAAGAAAAAGGAAGGUUCGGAGCCACCCAAGCCACCCCCGCCCAAGAAGGAGCCCAAGCUGGAAGUAGUGCCCCCCAAGCCCAAGAAACCCGCGGAACUUCCCAAAGCGUCUCCUCCUCCCCCCAAGAAGGAAGAACCACCCAAGGAAGCUCCUGCUCCGGCACCUCCAGCCGAUGAUGGUAGGACGAGGUAUAUCCCGCCUCAUGUGCGUCGGAAAAUGCAGCAGGAACAGCAGCAGCAAUCGUCCUAA